AUGGUUGCUUUUGGCAAGAAGUUGAGAGAAUCACAGAUUCAAGAAUGGAGAGGAUACUACAUUAAUUAUAAGUUUAUGAAGAAGAAAGUCAAGAGAUAUACAGAACAAAUUGAGGUUGGAGCUCAAAAUCACCAUAACGUACUCCGCGACUUUUCGUUGCUUCUAGACAAUCAGAUAGAAAAAAUUGUUUUAUUUCUGCUUGAGCAACAAGGAGUUCUGGCGGGGAGGCUUACGCGUAUUGGAGAAGAUCACCAAAAUGUUGUACAGCAGCCAGAUUGUUCAAAGAUAUCUGAAAUCUUAGAAGCAUAUAGAGAAGUUGGAAGAGAUCUAUUAAAGCUUCUUUAUUUUGUGGAAAUGAAUGCUACUGGUUUGAGAAAGAUCUUGAAGAAGUUUGAUAAACGAUUUGGCUAUAAAUUUGCCGACUAUUAUGUCAAGACUCGUGCAAAUCAUCCUUAUUCUCAGCUAAGACAGGUUCUAAGGCACGUGGGAAUUGGUGCUGUUGUCGGAGUCUUGUCUCAUAAUCUUGCAGACAUUCAUGAUUUACUAAAGUGUCAAGGAAGCUACAUUUCUAUAUACGACCAACCUUCUUAUGCUCAUCAAGAUCCAAUUCUUGUAUGUAUCAAAGCAGCAACAGAUAAAUUAUCCAACUCAACAAGUUUCCUUCAGUUUUUGGGAAGACAUGCUUUUAUCAUGCAGCAAGAGGAACUAUCACCAUCUCCGUCCGAAGAAAACACUAUUGACGAAAGAUAUCAUUUUAUGUCGCUUCUUUUGAACUUGGCAAGCACAUUUUUGUACAUGGUCAAUACUUACAUCGUUGUACCUACGGCCGACAACUACUCUUUGAGCCUCGGAGCUGCUGCAAGUGUUUGUGGCGUCGUCAUCGGUUCAAUGGCUGUUGCACAGGUGUUUUCUUCAGUUUAUUUCAGUGCGUGGUCAAAUCGGUCAUAUCUAAAACCUCUUAUAUUCAGUACCAUUGUUCUUCUAAUUGGAAACGUCAUGUAUGCAUUGGCCUAUGAUCUUAACUCAGUAGCAGUUCUUCUUAUGGGACGACUUUUCUGCGGGCUAGGCUCUGCAAGGGCCGUGAAUAGGCGUUAUAUCAGCGACUGUGUACCAGUGAAACUUCGGCUGCAAGCAUCAGCAGCUUUUGUUAGUGCAAGUGCUCUUGGAAUGGCUUGUGGUCCAGCUAUUGCUUGUUUGUUACAGACUGAGUUUAGGAUUUACAAGUUGACAAUGAACCAAGACACACUACCUGGAUGGGUAAUGGCUGUUGCGUGGCUCGUUUAUCUACUUUGGUUGUGCACUUGUUUUAAGGAACCAGAAAACCUUUGGGCUUAUGAACCAGAAAUUGGAGAACAAACAUUGCAUAUUGCAGUAGAGAAUAGUCCUACACAACCAUUACUAACGAAUUCAGAAGCAAAAGAGCAAGAUGUAGAUGUAGAAGAAGAAAACGACGACGACGAAGAAGCUUAUGAUAAAACUGAAUCUCAGAAGCCUGUUACUUCUAUUGCGCUGGCGUAUAAGUUGCUUACACCAUCAGUAAAGGUUCAAUUGUUUGUGUAUUUUAUGCUCAAGUAUGCAAUGGAGAUAUUGCUUGCUGAAUCAAGCCUUGUAACAGAAUACUAUUUUGUUUGGUCAACAACCAAAGUCGCCGCUUUUCUUGCAUGUCUCGGUCUUACCGUCCUUCCUGUGAAUAUUAUUAUCGGAAGCUACAUCAGCAACAUUUUUGAAGAAAGGCAAGUUCUACUAACAUCAGAAAUCAUGGUUUGCAUUGGACUACUCCUAAGUUUCGAAACAUUUAUCCCUUAUUCAGUAACUCAAUAUGUUGGAUCGGCCCUUAUCACAUUUGUCUCUACCGAAGUUCUUGAAGGAGUUAACCUUUCACUUCUAUCGAAAAUGAUGUCAUCGCGGCUUUCUCGUGGAACCUUUAAUGGAGGAUUACUGUCAACGGAAGCGGGAACUCUAGCUCGAGUUAUUGCAGACGGUACAAUAACAAUCGUUGGGUAUUUCAGCGAAAGUAAGCUACUGAAUGCGACUCUACUCCCUGCACUACUCAUCUGUAUCUCGUCCAUUGCUGCUACCUGUUGCACCUACAACUCUCUAUAUUAA